GAUUAUUUGCACGGCUCAAGAGAUGGAGAGACUGGCCUCCGUGACUUCACACCCAUCCUUGCGACAGAGGCUGCAGAACAGCCGGCGGUAUGGCCAGGGCGACCACACCCUCCUGGAGUGGAUAAUGGCUGCCAUACGGACAGUCUGGGCUGAUGCGGGAGAUGUGCCGGAGACAGUAAGCGGAUGGCAGACGUACGCCGAGCUGGUGCAGAUAUAGCCCCAGGAAGUCAAGACCAAUUCGCCUUCACCUGGGAAGGCCGGCAGUGGACAUUCACUGUGCUGCCACAGGGAUACCUGCACAGCCCGACUCUGUGUCAUGGGCUGGUGGCAGCAGAUUUGGCCCGGUGGGAAAGGCCAUCUUCAGUGCGUUUAUACCAUUAUAUUGAUGAUAUUUUAUUGACAAGUGACUCUCUUACAGAUCUGGAAAAGGCAGUACCUCUCUUAUUAACACACCUGAAAACAUGCGGCUGGGCAAUCAACGAAAGCAAACUGCAGGGGCCUGGACUGUCAGUUAAGUUCCUGGGAGUUGUUUGGUCGGGUAAGACAAAGGUUAUCCCUGAAGCUGUGAUAGAUAAAGUUCAAGCUUACCCCACUCCAACCACAGUGAAGCAGCUGCAAGCCUUUCUGGGUCUGCUGGGUUACUGGAGGGCAUUUAUACCUCACAUGGCCCAGCUCUUACGGCCCUUGUAUAUGUUAAUACGAAAGGGAGCCAGGUGGGAUUGGUCAGCUGAGGCAGACACAGCAUUUGCCACGGCCAAACGAACUAUAAAGACUGCUCAGGCCUUGCAGGUUUUUGACCCAGCCCGACCCUGUGAGCUCGAUGUACAUGUUACUCAGGAAGGGUUCGGGUGGGGACUCUGGCAGAAAUCAGAGAGGCUACGACAGCCUAUUGGGUUCUGGUCCCAACUCUGGAAGGGGGCUGAGGUUAGGUACUCCUUAAUUGAGAAACAGUUAGCUGCGGUAUAUGCAGCCUUACUAGCCACAGAAAGUAUAACUGCCACAGCCCCUGUCUCAGUGAGAACCACUUACCCAAUAGCUGGAUGGGUACGGGACUGGACAACAAAGCCCCAUAGUGGCACUGCUCAAACGCCCACUUUGGCGAAGUGGGGGGCAUACUUAGAACAGCGCUGCACCCUGUCAACUAGCCCCUUAAGGGUGGAGUUGCAGGAGGUUCUUGGUCCUGUGACAUAUACUAGUAUGGAACCAAAUUCAGAAGCCUGUAUAGAAGCCGAACCUGAAGCUAGUCCCUACAAGGAGGGUCGAGCACCGAUUCCAGCAGAGGCCUGGUAUACAGAUGGCUCCAGCCGGGGCCAGCCAGCCUCUUGGACAGCGGUGGCUGUACACCCAGAAACAGACACUAUCUGGUUCGAAACCGGGACGGGACAGAGCAGCCAAUGGGCUGAACUGCGAGCAGUAUGGAUGGUGGUGGCCCAUGAGCCUUCCCCUGUAGUAAUCUGUACUGACAGUUGGGCUGUGUACAGGGGUCUGACACUGUGGAUUUCCACAUGGAAUUUAAAUGACUGGACAGUUAUGCAUCGGCCAUUGUGGGGCCAGGCCCUAUGGAAAGAUCUAUGGGAUCUGGGGCAUCAGAAGCAGGUGACUGUUUAUCAUGUCACAGGACAUGCCCCAUUAGCCUCACCAGGCAAUGAUGAGGCAGAUACCCUAGCCCGGGUUCGAUGGCUUGAAACUGCUCCAGGGCGGGAUGUUGCGCAGUGGCUACACAGACGCUUGCUCCACGCAGGGCAGAAGACAAUGUGGGCCACUGUACGUGCCUGGGGUCUACCUGUAACUUUAAAAGAAAUCCAGACUGCAUGUGAAACAUGUGUAGUAUGUUCUAGGACUUACCCCCGGAGACCUUUUGCAUCUACAGGCCAGGUGUUGCGGGGGCAGGUACCCCUGACACGCUGGCAGAUUGACAUCAUUGGACCACUACCUCGCUCCGAUGGACAACAGUAUGCUGUCACCUGUGUGGACACUGCUACCGGGUUAUUGGCAGCUUACCCUGCUCCACAUGCGGACCAAAAGGCAGUUUUGGCAGCACUGGCACGCCUAUGUGCUGCAUAUGGACGUCCGCUGGUAGUGGAGAGCGAUCAAGGGACUCAUUUUACAGGAGCCCGGGUGCAGCAGUGGGCCAAGAACAUGGGUGUUGAAUGGAAGUUUCACACUCCCUAUAAUCCCAAAGCUGCAGGGAUUAUAGAGAGGUAUAAUGGCCUACUGAAGCAAGGACUAAGAGCCACUGCCCCCACUCAGACGCUGGCCGGGUGGAGCCGACGUCUCUGGGAGGUGUUGCAGACAUUGAAUGAGAGGAGCAGGAGAGGCGGCCUGGCUCCAGUGGAGGCAUUGCUACAUCGUGCCGCUGCUCCCAUCCAAUUACAAAUAAAGACGUCAGACAUCUUAUUAAAACCGGGACUUGGACAGCAGGGCAACAUCCUAUUGCCAGCCCCAACUGGAGUGGACCCAGGGCAGACUGUGGACUGGGAAUGGCCCUGGACAGUGAAGGCUCCCCACAUGCGGUGGGUGGCUCUGAUAGCCCCUUGGGGUCGUGGCCUGGAGGCCAAUUUACAGAUAAAACCAUGGGUGAGUGCUCAGUGGCCGCCACGGGUGCGUGUUACCCACCCUGGAGUAACAGAUCAGCAGGCAAUCCUCAAGGGACAUUUGUAA